AUGCCGAGCCACGUCCUGGCGGUCAACGGCGACCAACAUCGGGUGACCGUGGCGGGGGCGGCCGCCCACUUCCAACUGGACCAGGUGAUCCCGAGCGUCAUCAUGGUGAUCGACUACUCCAAGCUCCCGGGAGGAGGAGCGGGAGGAGGAGGAGGAGGAGGAGGAGGGGAAGCCUUGCUGAGACGCCUGAGGGAGGCGCACCCAGACGCCCGCUUCAGCUUCGACCUGACCGCCGGCUGCUGCACCGCCGAGGGAAGCUUCCCGGCCAUCCGGCGGCUCGGGGAGGCCGUGGGCCGCGCUCUUGGCGCCGACGCCAACGGCAGCGCGCUUGCGCCGGGCCAACCCGCUCGCGAGCCGGCUGCAAAACCCCAGCCUGAUCAGGCCGGAAAGAGAGGAGAGGGGGCCGGCCGACCGCGCCCGCCGGCCGAUCGGACCCGGUCCGACUCCGCGUCCUCCCCGGAUUUUUCAAACUUUCCAACCGCCGCGAGCCUGAGGCGUGGGGGGGGGAGCGGGUGGAGAAACCUCGAGGGCGUCGACGACGGCGACCCGGUGCUGCUGAUGGACACCGAGAUUUACCGCUACAUCGGCAGGUUCUACCAGCCCAGGUACCGGGCCAUCCUGUCGCGGCACCGGGUGGCGGCGGUGGACAUGGAGAGCGAGGGGGUGACCAGCUUGUUUUUGCAGCUGGAGGCGGAGGAGGAGGGAGAGAGUCGGGAGGACGAGGCUCUGGCCCGGGCCCACCGGGACCUGUCCGACCUGUACCGCGAGCUCGAGCUCCAGCUCCGCAAGGAGCAGUUCGACAAGAGCGACCUGACCGACGACCCCGAGCUGAUGCGGCAGCUGGUCGCCCACCUGGAGGCGCGCUUCCCCCAGAUCAACCUGCACCAGGACGCCGGACGCUUGUACCUGGUCGGGAGCCGGGACGACUGCUCGCUGGCCAAGAAAACCGUGCAGGACCUGAGGGAAGAGCUGCUCGGCGGGAAAGGGAGCAGAUCCCCGGCCGACCCCUUCGGGCCGAGGCCGGUCGCCUCAGCCCCGAAGGCAGACGCGGUCAAGAAGGACCACAAGCUGGCCGCCAAUUUCAGCGCCGGAAGGGCAGGGAGCGUUGACCACUUAUCCGCGGGUCAAGGCGCCAAGGCUCACCCGUCAGGCGGGGACCAGCAGCACAAACGGCAUCUCAGGAGCUCCGGCGCCGACCCGCUGACCGCGGGUCAAUCCGCCAAGGCUCACCCGUCGGGCUCGGACCAUCUGCACAAACGGCGCCUCAGGAUCUCCAGUGCCGACCCGUCGCCCUACCCGGACCGAGCCGCGGGCGCAAAGGAGUUCGCCCUCUCGUCCAGAGAGAUCGAGGCAGACCUGCUGCUCAAGGCGAUCGGAUCUUCUUCGGGUUUAAACCGGCUCAAGAGUCCCGACAGGGCGGCGGAUGACGCCAUGUUCACCGGACGCAGUGAGAGCAGAGGAGACAAGUCACUACCCGCCGCGAGAAGCAGCAAGACGACGCACGGACCUGUAAAGCCAUACGCAUUUGAGACGUCGGCAGGUACACUCAUCCAGUUGGAAGACUUGGCUCACAAAGCACCUCCUUUCCACUCAACCGGCACCUCGGAAGCUCAAGCGAGCAGAGCCGGGUUAUUGAGAAGAACCAAUAGUUUUUCAGGUUUUCUCCACUCCACGCCCAACGCAGGUUCCACCAACGUGUCUUGGGGGGUUUCUGCAAUGGCCACCAUCACAGAAGAGUUCCCUGUGGACUCAAUGGUGUGGGAGUAUGUUAAGGACAUCCAUAGGACUCUGGUUCAGAGAAUCAGCAUCCAACACGGAGUCAAGAUGAUCGACAUGCCGCUGGGGGAAUUAGUGAUCGUGAAGCUGACGGGAACGGACAGAACUGGGGUUCAAAUGGCCAAAAAGGAGCUGUUGUCUGUUUACAUGUCCCUGAUUGAGCGUCUGACCCAACAGUACCUUUUGUACUCGGACCUGGGCAUCAGCGAUUCCACAAAGACGAUCCUGGAUCAGCACUGGAGUCAACUGCGGAAACACUUCCCAGAUGUCAGGUUCAUUAGUGGUGAGGUCGGCGUUCACCUCCUUGGUCCGCGGGAGAUAUGCUCCCAAAUAAUUGACACUUUCAAGGCCCUACCGAGGGAUGUUGCUCUCAGCUCAGCGCCUCGCUUGUCUUCCAAGACAAAUGCAAGCUCCUCAGUAGACCCAGAGGAGGCAAAUGUAAAGAGUAAGAUGAAGCAUUCAAAGGGGAAGGAGGACCCUGGGCAAGACUCCCCUCCCUUGGAACAGAGGAUGUCACCAAAAGAAAUGAAGGAUGAUGUUGGGCUGGAGAAUCAGAUGGAUGAGAGAAGUCAACAGAAGAUGAACAGGCACGCGUCCGAAAAGGCCAAGAAGACCCUGCCCGACAGGUUUCACUUACCCUCUAAAGCGCCGAGGGAAAGCCAUUGGUCUGAUAAAGAAGGAAGUUCUCACCGGACGGAGCUGGAUGCCCGGCAAGACUCAAGGGACCAGGCGCGGGAGGGAGGCAGUGCCCACCAGCGAGACGAAAGCAGCGGGAGGAGGUCUCAAGGAAGGAAGAGCUCAAAAAACAGCCAGGAAAAUGUGCCCAGAGGUCCCGCCACAGGCAGCGAGGAGCAAGAGCCAAUGUGCACUCAGAGUCCCGUUGAAGGCACGAUUGUCGGCAACAUGUCCUAUGGAAUUCUCAACAGCGCGUUGGAGGGACAUGAACACGAACUAACUUUAAAGAUCAUCUACAAUAUCCAGGAUGGCACACAACAGAGAUGUGAUCCAAACCCAGGGCGGCCAUACAGAGGUGGGUGCUUUGAAGCCUUCCUGCCGAACAACAAGCAGGGGAGAAAAGUUCUGCAGCUGCUGACGAAGGCCUUCUACAAGGGGUUCAUUUUCAAAAUCAUCUCCCUGCCCUCCGGGGAGGAGAAGGUCACGUGGAACAACAUUCCGCACAAGACGAGUAUCACGGGCGGCAAAAUCCGGGACGGCUAUCCUGACUCCGGUUACCUCUGUACCGCACUGGCAGCUCUGCAGAGUCACGGGCUUGAAUGAUGGACCCUCGGGCUAGAGGGCGGAGCGGUCCGAUUCCCUGCUGCAUUCCUCAUCGUAUCUCUUUUUUUCCCCGAGAGCCUUUUUUUUGGUAACUAUCAGGUGAUUCCAUGACACUUUGGAAGGUGAAGCGUGAACCACGGCCCCGAACUCCACGUGGAGAGAGAGGGAGAGGGAGAGAUCGUGAGAAGAUGGGAGCCAGUGGAGGCCUGUGCCGGUUAUGUGUGUAAAUUGAUCAUUUACUAAUAUCAGAUUGCUAAAUAAAAUUAGGAUUGUUGACAAAA